CCUGCUGCACCGCUACAUGGAGCGGCGCUUCCAGGAGACGGUCAGCACCGUCGGCGGCGCCUUCUACUUGAAGCAGUGGGGUCCGUACAACAUCUCCAUUUGGGACACCGCAGUUUUGGCUCUGCCCUAAUGUACGAGCUGUCGAUGGGAAAGAUUGCGGGCGGGUGUCCUGGCUCGGGACAGCCUCACCUUUCCGAGAAGCGACGGGCAGGAGAUGGAGAGAUGGUCCCCCGGUGCCCCGGCGGGGGAGGCCGUCCCCGGGAACCCUGCCCUGGUGCUUAGCGCCUUGUUUUGGCACUACGGACGGGAGCAGUUCCAUGGCCUUGGGUCUAUGUACUGCAGAGGAGCAGCUGCUGUGAUCCUCACGUACGAUGUGAACAGCUUCCAAAGCCUGACAGAGCUGGAAGAAAGAUUCUUGGCACUGACAGACAGUGCAAGUGCUGACUGCAUUUUUGCUAUUGUUGGAAAUAAAGUUGACCUCAGUGAUGACUGUACUUUACCACCGGAUGAAAAUAGACCUGAGAAGUCUGUUGCCAGCUGUGGCUCGAAGGUGCGAAAACAAGUCCGUGCAGAGGAUGCGAUUGCGCUCUACAAAAAGAUACUGAAGUACAAAAUGCUAGAUGAGAAGGAUGUUCCGGCAGCUGAGAAAAUGUGUUUUGAGACCAGUGCAAAAACAGGAUACAAGGUGGACUACCUCUUUGAAACUGUGUUUGAGAUGGUAGUCCCAAUAAUUGCACGGCAGAAAGCUGAGGGGCCACCGCAAACUGUAGACAUCACAGACUACAAGCCAGCAAAAAGGACAAAAUCAGGUUGUUGUGCCUGACCCGUUUACGUGACGUAAGAAAAGGGGAGGGAUUGCUCGCUCCAGCAAAAUGAGGAGUAAGAAGUGCUUGCAGCUCACCAGAAAGGAAAAGUCAAAGCAUAAAUAAAUAGAUUAAAAUGGUGUACGCAAAAAAAAAAAACCAAAACCAACCCAACAAAAAAAUCUUCUGACCAUUAAAAGCUUCUGGGAAGCUCUGUGUAUAAAAAUGGGAAUGCAAGUGAGAUUAUGGAGUAAGACUUGCCAGUUUCAAUGGGCUCUGAAGACAAAUGCUGUGUUAGUACAAUUGGUAGUGACAAUCAUUUGGACAGUUUUGAAGGAGUCUGACUUUUAGUGACUUGUCAUUUCGUGUUGCAUAUAAAUGAUCUGUUUGUGUACUCUUGACAACUUUCAUAUAAUUAUCAUUUUUCCCCUUAUGAUUCUAACUUUGGAAGAUUGAACACGUGAUACUUUUUUAUUCUUAAGAUUAAAAAAAAGAAAAUCCCGGUAUAAUUUAUAUUUGUAGCUAAUAAGUCAAUUACAAUCUUUUUAUGUCAGACAUGACAGUGUACAAUUCAGAAACUGAACUAUUAAAAUCACUGUGGAUCUGUACUAUUCAUUUGGAGACUUUAUUAAUGGCAAUUCUCCUUCCAUAGUGGCCUUCCAUGUAUUAACAAGCAGCAUCACAGCUCUUGCUGCUCUAAUUGCGAUUUGCAGGAGGAAGUUUUUUUGGUUCAUUUUUGUCUUGUAUUUCUUUUUAAUGUAGAUAGCAAAGUGUUUUUUGGGGAAGAAAGCAGUCUAUUUUGUCUGCAUUUUUGUAAAGACCUUUUUCUACUGCCUGUAGGGAUACCACUGCAUUGAGUAUCUGUGUUCUGUCUCCCUUCCCACUCCUUCUUAAAGCUGCAGAGCUGCAGCUUUGAUUUUUAUCAGCUAUGCAUGAUGUUACUACCUGGAGUAGUAAUUACCUCUACCUGGAGGGAAGUGAAGAUGGGUGUGUUCUGAUGUGAAACUGACUAAUGCAGGGAAGACAAACUGUCUUUUGUGGAGUAAAAGGCGCAUGAAGGAGCAAUAAUGAGGUACACGGUUUCUCUCCUGACUGCAGUAAAAAGGAGGGCCUUAAUACAGCUCCUACGGCUCUUGACUACAAAGAAUGUGUGCAGUGACCCAGGAGCUAUGACCAGAGUGAAGAACCUCUAGUCUUUAAGCACAGCCCCCCCCCCUCAAAAAAACCCCUCUACUCGUCCCAAACAAGAAGCCCCAAAGAUGCAGCUUGCGUAUUUUCAGUUCUUCAGUUUCUUGUGUGGGGAUUCCUUCAUCUUCCUUUGGAUGCUUCUGGUGUAAUUUUCUAAAACUUAAGGUUUAGUUUUCUUGUGCUUUGUCAUUGCCUUUCUCUGUCCCACCCAAAUCACAGUUAGUGCAUGGGGAGACAAUUCCUAAAUGAAUAACGAGUUAAAUUAUUACUAAGUAUAUUUAAGGCAUUUUUUUUUUCCAAAAGUACAUCCUCUUGAGCAAAUUAAGGCAGAGUAGUAGCUUUAUUUUCUGUUCUCAAGUUAAUUCACAGUACACAUGUAGUGGGGAAGAUAAGCUCGAGAGAAAAACCACUGAACAUUAAAUAAUAGAAUCAUAGAAUAGUUUGGGUUGGAAGGGACCUUAAAACAUCUAGUCCAAUCCUCCAUGCAUUGUGCAGGGAUGUCUUCAACUCAAUCAGGUUGCUCAGAGCUCUGUCCAAUCUAAACUUGAAUGUUUCCAGAGGUGGGGCAUCUGCUACCUCUCUGGACAUCCUGUUCCAGUGUUUUACCACCAUCACUGCAAAAAAAGAAGUCUUCCUUAUAUCUAGUCUGCAUCUACACUCUCAUGGUUUAAAAUCAUUGUCCCUUUCCCUAUUGCUGCAAGCACUGCUAAAGGAUGUCAUCUUUUGGGUUUGCAGUUUAACACCUACCAGUCUGUCAGAGACUGGACAGCAUCUGAGCUGUGGCAUAUAAAAAUGUGUACAAUUAGAAACCUUUUAGCUAUUAACAAAAUUCUAGGUGCAAUAUCUAGUCUUCCCUCAGGACAGGAAAAAGGCAAGCAGGCCACAACCUCAAUCUUGUUUGUGACCAAAAUGAUCUACUGACACGCCUGUGGGAGAUCCAGCACUGGCUUUGCUGCAUCUGUUGAUGUCUGAACCUGCAGCACGUACUGAUUACAAGGUCAGGCUUUUUGAGAGAUGCUGUAUUCAUAUCAGAUCUUAAGGAAUUCUUACAGUAUUUCUAAAAGCUCCAACUUGGGUGUUUUUACCAAAAGAGAUGAUACAGGAACCAGUCUUGUGUGCUGUGCUUUUGCCCUUAGAGCUACACUUCUCUGGCAUGAUGUUGUGGCUUUUUAGUGUUGUUGGCUAUUGUUCUCAAGAAAUGUCUGGGUUAUGAUGGGUUGUCACUCUACCAACCUGUGAGAUCAUGGGGUUGCACAGUUACACUUGGGAAAUUGCAUAAGACAUGGGAGCUAUUGAUGAGAGGUCAGGAGGAGAUCUGGAUUGCUUAGUGUGCAUGCUAGCCCUGUUUCUUUAUCACUUUCUGAAUCAGAUUCUGCCUUCAAGAAAAACUUGAAAGAUUCUGGAAUUUGAUGUAGGUUGUUUGGGUAUUUUUAAAUUUACUAAUAAUUUAAACUGAUAUAGCUGAGCUCUGUUUUUACAGCCCAGUGUUGAUGCUCUAUCUGCUGCAGUGGUGCCUAUGCAUGUCUGCAAGCAUUAUUAGAGAGCACAGUUCAACCCUCAACACUGAAAUUACACAGAAUGUUUUUUUUCUGUUUAGUGGUGCUGAGGUUUUUUUUUGCGGUUUUGUUCUUUGUUUGUUUUGGGUUUGUUUUGUUUUUUGUUUUAAGAGCACAGAGAAGUAAUGCAAUAUGGCCUGUAUCCUAACAUGAAUUCAUUAAUUUCCAUGUUGCUUCUGCAGAUAGAUCCUGAUAUCCCAGCACUGCUAAAAACAUCUUUUUGCUCCUCUUCCCUCACCUUCCAUCCUACAUAAUUUUACUGAAAUAAUUAAUCUCCACCUACUGAUGGGAAGAGCAGUGAGCUGCAGUGUAGGGACUGGCAGCACAGGAACUGUGCAGAAGCAUGCUUGUUCUAACUCUUGUUGCCUUAACAGCCACACAGCCUAGCAGCUCAUGUAGCACAGCAGCUGUGGGCUGGGCCACUAGUUGUGCUGGGCCAGCACUGAGAGCGGCUGUGCCAUGCACUCACUGGUUCAAUGCCAGCACUUCUGCACCCCACUGGCUGCAGCACAUUUUUCUCCAUCACUGUGAGGUCGCUUUCCCCAUUAAUAACCUUGCUGCAUGGCCUGGAGCUGGGCAUGUGGUGGUGCUGCUGAAGCCAAGGGAAACCAUCCCUGCCAGGAGAAGGGAAGGUGGGUGAAGGCAUGGACCAGGGACUCUGCUUAUCCUGCCUUGGAGGGGAAACUCAUUUUACAAAUGUUGAUUUUUUCCCCCCUCUCUCUCCCUGUUAUGUCUGGUGAUUGGAUAGGAAAUGUUAUUUUUGGCAGUGCUGAGUGAAUGUAAGCUACAGGCCUGCCUGUGCCUGAGGUGAUGGCUGAGCCAGGCUGAGACCCAUGGGGGAGGGAGGGAUGGUAGGGUGAACGAGUGAGGAUCUGUGCCAGGCUGGUUGGGAUGUAUCCAUUCUGCUUCCUGCCCCUCACAGGCACUGAUGGUACAAGACUGAGGUUGUUGUUGGCCCUUGACAACCCCAACAAGGCUUCAAGUCUUGUGGGGGCCACAAAAGGAGCCAGAAGUUCCUCAGUGCCCACAGGACUGGCAGAGCUGCUGAGCUGCCUGCUUUGGCUUAGUCACCUUCUUGCCCACAUCACAGUGGGAAAGCACCCCUGCCUGGUUUUGCUUCUCUGCUCGCUGGUCAUAGGGAGCAGUGAUGUUACUUCUUCCCCUUGUCCAGUAUGUCUUGCACCAUUGUGCGCUGAAUAGCUGCGGGACCAGACCCCCACUCACCAUCAGUGGGGGCAGGUGGCCACCUCUGGGGGGCUGCUGGUCCUCAUGCAGUUACAGGGGCAGAUUCUGCCUGCACUGGGGUGCUGUUGGCACAUUGGCAGUGACCCCUCAGCUUCUCCCCUGGCAGCAAUCUGACACCUUCCAUGUCAAGGUCGUGUUUACUGCUUGCUGUUUGCUAAUUUUCUAUUUCUGGCAGCCAUGGACAACCCCAAUCAUGUACAGUGUGAACAAAUAUGGCUGAUUUGGUUGAUACACUCUGAGGAAAUAAUUGGUGUCAACUCACAUCACUAUGCUGACUUCACUAUAUCUGUAUUGAUAUACUGAUGCACUAUUACCUACAGAAGCUGAAUAUAAUCUCAUUUACCUUCUCCAGGAUCAGGAGCACAUUCAGCAUGUUUUCAAACAGGAAAGUGUAGGAAGCAAACAGGACACUUUGAAGCAAAAGAUUUGCUCAAACGGAGGCAAAACACUUGUAUUUUAUACAUCCUAGGCUGGAGCACUGUAGUUCAGUAAAAAGACUGUUUAGUUUUGCUGUAUCUGAGUUUUUCCUCUGUAAGAAUGUUUUAACCUCCUGAAAGUGAGUUCUAGAAUCACAGAAUUGUGCAAUGGUUUGGAGGGGAAUUUAAAGAUCAUUUCCUUCCAACCCACUGGCCCACUUCCAAUAGACCAGAUUGCUCAGAACCCCAUCCAGCCUGGCCUUGAACACUUCCAGGGAUGGGGCAUACACAGCUUCUCUGGGCAACCUGUUCCAGUGUCUCACCACCCUCACAGUAACAAAUGCCCUCCUUCUGUCUAAUCUAAAUCAACCCUCUUUCAGUUAGAAACUGCUGGCCCUUGGCUUGUUCUUACAGGUCUUGGUAAAAGGUCACUCUCUACAUUGCUUAUAAGCCCCCUUUAGGCACUGGAAGGCUGAUAUAAGGUCUCCCUGAAGCCUUCUGUCCUUCAGCUAAACAACCCCAGUUCUCUCAGACUGUCUUCAUAAGAGAGGAAGUAAACUUGCAGCUAAGAGGUAGUUCGAGUCAGUUCCCCUCCAUGCAGUGCCCCAGAUUAGCUCACAAAGUGAAAUGCUCCGUCUGUUGCAAGUAUUCCACGUGUUUGUGUGCACAAGCUCCCUCCUCUUCUCAAAGAAGUGAUUGCGCAGGCUUUGGAGAAACACAGAUGUGAGUACCCAGACCUGAAGCACAUGAUGUACACAAAGUACAGAAGUUCAAGCCUGCUUGGCACCUUGGGGGGUUUUGUGGUUGGUUUGGUUUUUCCCGCACCAUGAUGAUGUGUUCAACUCAGUGCUGUGCUGGUACCGCUCUGAUCAAAAUUAAGAACAGCCUACAUGAGCCAGAGAAAAUGGAGAGGUGAAGCAACUGUUGGUGGAAGACCUACCUGCUGAAGUUUCAAGUACAAAAAAGUUAGCUUCAUAGGAAGAUUACCAAACAUAUUAGCUAUGAAAAUCCAAAUAGUUUACUGUUGACAUAAUUGGUUUUUAUAGAUUUGUACAGCUUCUACUUGAAUUCUCUUAAAACACUGAAUGUGCUGCACUGCCAGAGUUGCAUGCUGUACAACCCACAAGUGAUAGUUGUGUGAUCAUCCCACAACCACUGAUGCCUAGCAACAACCUGGAAGUUGCCUAUUCUUGGGUAUUUGUUACUGCCAUGUGUAAUUUAAAAGAAUUGGCAAAUGUGGAAUAGAUUUAGCUUAUGUUGACUGCAAUAUUUUCAGUUCUAAAUGUUUUAUUUAGCUUAAACAAGUAACAGUGUCAUAAGUUUGUUUAGGGGCUGCCUUUCAGAGAGACAAUAUGGCCAGAGAACUCAUUUCAAGCUCAGGUAAUCUCUCUGUUUAUAGACGUAUCUAAUUAUAUGUUUAGGUUAGACAGUUUAGGUUAGCUAAGUACCAGAAUGGAGCCUAUAAGAAACCUGGAUAGAGAUAUUUUACAAAGGCAUGUAGAUACAGAACAAGGGGGAAUGUCUUCUAAGUAAAAAAGAGUAGGUCUAGAUUAGAUAGUAGGCAAAAAAUUCUUUGCUAUGAAGGUGAUGAGGCACUGGAAUACGUUGGCCUGAGAAGUUGUGGAUGCUCCCAACAUGUAUUUAGCACUAGGUUGGAUGGGGCUCUGAGCAACCUGGUCUAGUGGAAGGUGUCUCUGUCCACGGCAGCGGUGUUGGAACUAAUUGAUCUUUAUGGUCCCUUCCAACCCAAACCAUCCUAUGAUUCUGUGAUUUUAGGAACUUUAACUUAAUUUAUACUUUAUAUUUUUUGUGGAGGUAACAUGUCAAGUUUGGUAAAUAUUGGUUUCUUGAACAUUGUAGAGCAUGAAUAAUAGGUUGUUUUACUCUGCAACGUCACAAUUUAUUGGCUUAAAUUGUUUUAAGAACACAUGAAAUAUUAUUUCAGUUAUUCAGCUUAAACAAGCAAUUUUAGACACAAAUCUUCCCUACUGGAUCUUUUUAAGUGCCAUGAAAUAAACAGGUGUAUUCCUGGUUGAA